UUAGGCGCUACACAUGCUAACUGUUUUUAUCUCAAACUACAAAAACACUGAAACGGCGGGCGGCGGGUUUGUAGUUGUCAGUUCGCGCGUUGCUGCCGCUCACUAUGUAACUAACAGCUGAUAAUUAUAGAGGCUGCUUUACUACAGUUUUUAAGCUUGGUAGUUGGUGGUGUUCGGAUCUGACCGUGCGGCAGGCGGGCGGGCUGGCAGGCAGGCAGCUGUCGGAGCGCAGCUCGGUUCACAGGAGGCGGAUUUGCUGCAUCAGCUCAUAUUCGGCGUUCAAAGCAGCAAAAAACAAGUCGCUUUUAACUUUCUGCGCUCUUCAAACUGAACAAUGACCUCGAUAACGGCCGCCGAGCCUGGUUUAAAUCCCGGCCCGAUGGCCGCCGCUGAGUCUUUGGUUCCUGCGAGUAUGUUUGCUCCACCGAGCCGGGCUUGUGGCGAGGACGGCGGGCCGGAGUGCUUCGAGGACGGCGAGGCUCUGAACGGCGAGGCCGGGGAUCACGGAGUGGACUUCUCCAGCAAGUUGGCACUUGUCAGCCCCAAUGGAGAACAGUAUGACUCAUUACUACGGCAACUACGUGAGAGGAUGGACGAGGGCUGUGGGGAGACCAUUUAUGUAGUGGGAGUGGGCUCUGAUGGAGGGGACUACGGUCUGAACGAGAGCGAUAUGGAGGCGUCCGUGGCCACGGUGCAGUCUCUAUGUGAGCAGAUCGAGGCGGACCUCAUCCUACUGAGGGAGCGUACUGAAGCGGGCGGCCAGGUCAGAGAUUACCUCAUCCGACGCAGAGUCGGAGAAGCUGACUUCCUGGAGGUCCGGGUGGCUGUGGUCGGGAAUGUGGAUGCGGGGAAGAGCACUCUUCUGGGCGUGCUGACGCACGGAGAGCUGGAUAACGGCCGCGGCUUCGCUCGGCAGAAACUCUUCAGGCACAAGCACGAGAUGGAAAGCGGCCGCACCAGCAGCGUGGGCAACGACAUCCUGGGCUUUGAUCAGGAGGGACAGGUGGUCAACAAGCCGGACAGCCAUGGGGGCAGCCUGGACUGGACCAAAAUCUGCGAAAAGUCCUCAAAGGUGAUCACGUUUAUCGACCUCGCCGGCCAUGAGAAAUAUCUGAAGACCACCGUGUUCGGCAUGACUGGCCAUCUACCAGACUUCUGCAUGCUGAUGGUGGGGAGCAAUGCAGGGAUUGUCGGCAUGACCAAAGAACAUCUGGGUUUAGCGCUGGCUCUCAACGUGCCCGUGUUUGUGGUGGUCACCAAGAUCGAUAUGUGUCCAGCAAACAUCCUUCAAGAGACCCUGAAGCUGCUGCAGAGAUUACUAAAGUCUCCCGGCUGCCGAAAGAUUCCGGUCCUGGUCCAGAACAAAGACGACGUCAUAGUCACAGCAUCCAACUUUAGCUCUGAGAGAAUGUGUCCAAUUUUCCAGAUUUCUAACGUCACAGGAGAGAACAUGGACCUCCUCAAGAUGUUCCUGAACCUGCUCUCCUCCAGAACGUCGUUUAAAGAUGACGAGCCUGCCGAGUUCCAGAUAGAUGACACCUAUUCAGUACCGGGUGUGGGGACUGUAGUAUCCGGAACCACUUUACGCGGAUUGAUACGGCUGAACGACACCAUGCUGCUGGGGCCGGAUCCUCUGGGUGCCUUCAUCCCCAUAGCCGUCAAAUCCAUCCACCGCAAGAGGAUGCCCGUGAAAGAAGUUCGUGGUGGUCAGACUGCCUCCUUUGCUUUGAAGAAGAUAAAGCGUUCAUCUAUAAGGAAAGGGAUGGUGAUGGUGUCACCCAGGUUAAACCCACAGGCGUCAUGGGAGUUUGAGGCAGAGAUACUGGUGCUUCAUCACCCAACGACCAUCUCACCUAGAUACCAGGCCAUGGUGCACUGUGGGAGCAUUAGACAGACGGCAACUAUCCUGACCAUGAACCGAGACUGCUUACGAACAGGGGACAAGGCCACCGUUCACUUCCGCUUCAUCAAGACCCCCGAGUAUCUGCACACAGACCAGAGGCUGGUCUUCAGGGAGGGCAGGACUAAAGCUGUGGGCACCAUCACAAAGCUUCUUCAGUCAACAAAUAAUCAACCUUCAAACUCGAAACCUCCACAAAUCAAAAUGCAGUCAACAAAAAAAAUCCCUCCCAAGAGAGAGGAUGGAGCAGCGCCAGCCAACGAGGAGGCGGCGAGCACCGGCACAGUAGCCAGCACAGUAACAGCGCAGCAACAAACAGAGGGGGAAGAAGACCCUCAGGCUAAGGAGGGCAACAAAGAGAACAAGCCAAAGUCUGGAGGCAGGAGACGAGGAGGCCAGAGGCAUAAAGGCAAAUCUCAAGCUAACUCCACAGCGCCUCCUGCUGGUGCAGUAGGGAGCUGCUAAACUCACUUUAGUCCUCCACUCCAUCAAGUGUCUUUGUAGCUUACAGAGCAUUGAAGAUUUUCAUGCGAAAGAGGUUUUACAGUCGCCCCCAGCUUCUCAUUCGUUUUGCGCUUUACGUCGAAAUGGACAGACCACUGCUUCUUAAAAACGAGGAGUCCAAACAGAACCAACAUGCAGUGUCGAGAAUUUUAACUUAUUAUGAAAAUGUGUGUUCUUAGAAGUUUACGCGGUAGUUAUUAUAGUUACAAAGAACAGCAGAAAAAACAGAAACUGCAUGAUGGUUCUUUAUUAUUUUAUUUUUCUUUUUAAACAAAAAAAAAAAAUCCUGGCUAUGCUGCCUCUUCUGAAGAAAGGAUAAUCUUUGAAGUGAUCAGGAAGAGAUGUUGGCCUUUUCUUCUCCCAUGAAACUGGGUAACUCAUUCUAAUGUUUUUUUAUUUUAAAGAGAAUCCUGUUUUAAGAGUUCUUAACAUUAUGCAUUUUUUUGUGAAGAUGAGGAAAUUAGUCUAAUUAUAGCAAAACAAAAAAAAAAAAACAGAACAUGCUUUGGCACAGUGUAUUGAUAAAAGCAUUAAAAGGCAAAUGUUCCAGUUACUGGAAGGCAUUUCCAGAAUUCACAGCACCAGAGGACCAAAUGUGUCUUGGUUUUUCUGUGGAAUUUCACCGAUUAAGGGGCCAUUUAUCCCCCCAUUAAGCUAGCAGUGCCACAUGACGAUGCACAAGCAAAACGUAGACUCAAGUGGCGAAACUGGAAACACACCUUAUUUUAGUAUAACCGUUCAAGCUAAAGCUGUUUUUAUGUAGCUCCCAUUUUAUCGAAUAGAACACAAACACCACCGUUUCACAGAAAUAGGCGUGGCCUGUGGAUUAAAAACGUAAAGCACAUCAUUUCACAACCCAAACAGCCCUUUCGGAAAUAAAUGAACGUCCUCUGUGUAAAAGCUGAAUUCCAAACCAAGUAAAAGACGUUGCAGCGAAUAAUGUUUCCACUGGUUUUACCACUCUUUGAAUUUUUGUCAUCACAACCCUGAAGGAAAAAAGGACCAUCACUGUUUACAUGUUGUGAAACUGCACACCAUUUUUCCAAAUGAUGCUAUAAAAUAAACUGGUGGUAAAUCA